CUCCCCACCAGGCCUUCCAUCACCACCACCACCAUCCACCCCUCCCGCCCCACGAGGCUCCGCCCCCUCGCUUCAGAGACAAGCAGCGCGCCCCGCAGCACCGCACCUUCGCCUCCAGCCCGCACGACUACGACAUGCGAGUGGACGACUUCCUGCGGCGGACGCAGGCGGUGGUGAGCAGCAGGAGGGAGCGCGAGCGUCAGCGUGAGCGCGAGCGUGGCGGACCUCGGCGUGAGCGUGAGCGAGCGAGGGACAGAGACAGGGACAAAGAGCGGGACAAGGAGAGGGGGCGGUACCGCAGGUGAUCCCAUGGGACCCAGUGCUUUUAUUUUGACAGUCUUCUGGCUUUGUAACUGCUUUUCUGUUUGUCUUUCAAAUUAUGAAUAAAACUUGAUGACAGCAGUUUCCAUGGGAAUAAAAACAAACCAUUUCAAAAUAAAGCUUUUGUUUUUUCAAGACUUUUAAUUUGAAAGUUUGUAAAACCGUUUUUGUAAACAGCUUGACUUAUUUUCCCAGAAUUCUCUGUAUGUCUUAAAGUAUUGUAGUUUCCAGCCUGAGGGUGGGGGUGAGGGGGUCACAUGACGGGCAGCAGUAAACAAUAAUGUUAGUUUUAUUGUGAAAGUUUUUUCCCUUGUUAAUCCUUCAGAUUAAAAGUUGUUCAAAACGUAA